CGGCGCAGGCAGCAGCGGGGGCAGCCCUGCGGCGUUAAGGACCCCUGGGUGCCGGGAGCGCGGCCUGGCGCUGCCAUGGCGGCGGGGCUGUGGGCGCUGCUGCUGCCGCUGGCGGCCGCUGUCUAUGAGGACCAAGUGGGCAAGUUCGACUGGAGGCAGCAGUACGUGGGGAAGCUCAAGUUCGCCUCUCUCGAGGCCUCGCAGGGUUCCAAGAAGCUCGUUGUGGCCACCGAGAAGAACGUCGUGGCUGCCCUGAACUCCAGGAGUGGUGAAAUCCUGUGGCGCCAUGUAGACAAGGGAACCUCUGAAGGAGCAGUGGAUGCAAUGCUGAUCCAUGGACAGGAUGCCAUCACUGUGUCCAAUGCUGGACGUAUUCUGCGCUCCUGGGAGACCAACAUUGGAGGGUUGAACUGGGAGACAUCCCUGGACACGGGCAGUUUCCAGGUGGCUGGUUUGGUGGGGCUGCAGGACGUGGUGAAAUACGUGGCAGUCUUGAAGAAAGCAGCCAUCUCUCUUCACUACCUUUCCAACGGGCACCAGAAAUGGGUGGAACACUUGCCAGAAAGUGAGAGUACUCAGUACCAGUUGCUGUAUUCCCAUGGGACUGGAGUGAUCCAUGUGCUUGGAAUUGUUCCCCAGAGCCACCUGAACAUUUUAACCUUCAGUGUAGAAGAUGGAGAAAUUACAAAACAGAUCAGAGUAGCAGCCCCGUGGCUGAAGACCCUGAACGGCGUGUGCAGCGUGGUGGGGGAGGCAGUGCUGGUGUGCAUGGACAUGGACACACGUUCACUCUAUGUUUGCUCCUUGGAGACCGAGCAGGAGAUGAGGCAGAUCCCACUGCAGUCACUUGACCUGGAGUUUGCUGAUGGCUUCCAGCCCAGGAUACUGGCCACUCAACCCAAUGUAGUCAGUGCUUCACGGACUCAGUUCUUCCUGCAGCUGGCUCCAAGCCACUUCUCUCUGCUGCAGUACAAACACGGGCUGCUCAGCCACCUCCGGGACUUCCAGCAGGCAGCUCUGGUGAGUUUUGCAACAACUGGGGAGAAGACUGUGGCUGCUGUCCUGACCUGCAGGAGCGAGCUGAAGCCUGGGAGUUCUGAUGGCCUGCAUGCUGGACGUGCUCUGGAGGAUUCCCAGAAGCAGGACUCCUUGACCUGUUCCAAUCAAACCUACAAUAUUAAUCUCUACCUGGUUGAAACUGGACAAAGAUUGCUGGAUACCACAAUUACCUUUACCCUGGAGCCGAGUGGUGCCAAGCCACAGCAGCUAUACAUCCAAGUCUUCCUGAAGAAGGAUGACUCCGUGGGCUAUCGGGCCUUGGUACAAACAGAAGACCACAUGCUAAUGUUCCUCCAGCAGCCAGGAAAAGUUGUGUGGAAUAGAGAGGAGUCCCUAGCAGAAGUGGUAAGCUUGGAGAUGGUGGAUCUACCUCUGACAGGUGCCCAGGCUGAGCUGGAGGGAGAAUUUGGGAAGAAAGCAGAUGGCUUGCUGGGGAUGUUUCUGAAGAGGCUCUCCUCCCAGCUCAUCCUGCUGCAAGCCUGGACUGCUCAUCUUUGGAAGAUGUUCUAUGAUGCCAGGAAACCCCGGAGCCAGAUUAAAAAUGAGAUUAACAUUGACAAUUUGGCCAGAGAUGAAUUCAACCUCCAGAAAAUGAUGGUGAUGGUCACUGCUUCAGGAAAGCUUUUUGGUAUUGAAAGCAGCUCUGGCACCAUCCUGUGGAAGCAGUAUCUCAGGAAUGUGCGACCAGGCUCCUCCUUUAAGCUGAUGGUCCAGAGAACAACAGCCCAUUUCCCACACCCUCCACAAUGCACCUUGCUUGUGAAGGACAAGGAAACCAAAAUGAGCUUCUUGUAUGUCUUUAACCCCAUCUUUGGGAAGAGAAGUCAAGUAGCUCCCCCUCUUUUGAAGCGUCCAAUUCUUCAGACUUUGCUUCUGCCUAUUAUGGAUCAAGAUUAUGCCAAAGUACUACUCCUCAUUGAUGAUGAGUACAAGGUUACAGCUUUCCCAGCGACUAAAAAUGUCCUUCGCCAGCUAAGAGAAAUGGCUCAUUCCAUCUUUUUUUAUCUAGUUGAUGCUGAGCAGGGAAGACUCUCUGGAUUCAGGCUGAAAAAGGACCUGACAACAGAGGAGAGCUGGGAGGUGGUCAUACCCACUGAAGUGCAGAGGAUAGUGAGUGUCAAGGGGAAGAGGUCCAAUGAGCACGUGCACUCCCAGGGCCGGGUGAUGGGAGACCGCAGCGUUCUCUAUAAGUCCCUGAAUCCCAACCUGCUUGCUGUGGUGACAGAGAGCACAGAUACACAUCACGAGCGCACGUUCAUUGGAAUAUAUCUGAUUGAUGGAGUCACAGGCAGGAUCAUUCACUCCUCAGUGCAGAAGAAAGCGAAGGGACCUGUCCAUAUGGUUCACUCAGAGAACUGGGUGGUGUACCAGUACUGGAACACAAAGGCACGUCGGAACGAGUUCACUGUGCUGGAGCUGUAUGAGGGGACAGAGCAAUACAAUGCCACAGCCUUCAGCUCCCUGGACCGCCCCAUUUUACCUCAGGUUCUCCAGCAGUCUUACAUCUUCCCGUCUGCCAUCAGUGCCAUGGAGGCCACCAUCACUGAGCGGGGCAUCACCAGCCGGCACUUGCUCGUUGGGCUUCCCUCUGGGGCCAUCCUCUCCCUUCCCAAGGCUCUGCUGGAUCCUCGCCGCCCAGAGAUCCCCACAGAACAAAGCAGAGAAGAGAACCUGAUUCCGUACUCCCCUGAUGUGCAGAUCCAUGCUGAGAGGUUUAUCAACUACAAUCAAACCAUAUCCCGGAUGAGAGGGAUUUAUACAGCCCCCUCUGGCCUAGAGUCUACUUGUCUGGUUGUUGCAUACGGCCUGGACAUCUACCAGACCCGAGUGUACCCAUCGAAGCAGUUUGACGUCCUGAAGGAUGACUAUGACUACGUGCUCAUAAGCAGCGUCCUCUUUGGGCUGGUUUUUGCUACCAUGAUCACAAAGAGACUGGCACAGGUGAAGCUUCUGAACCGGGCCUGGCGCUAAGGCUGUGGGCCCAGGGAGGGCUUUGGCUGGAGAAGACAUCUGAGAUGUGGACUGGCUGAAGAUCUGUCACCCCAUGUUGGGUUCAGUUCCAAGUUCCAGCUUGCCUGAUGGGUGCAAACACCUGUAUUAUGUUUUUGCUGGAGGAUAUUUGGGAGGAAAAGGUGCUGGUGCAACAACACAAUAUGGUGCCUGUGUGUCUCCCAGGGAGAAGGAAUGGAAGAGAGAUGGAAAAGAGACUAUUAUAAAGUAAAUCUCCCCAACCUCCAUUAAUGCCCUAAAAUCUGCCAUGGCAUCAUCUCCCUGAUGUUAGUGAAGAUCUAAGGAUGCACAUACUCCUGAUCCUCAUCUCUUCCUCAGCAAGAGGAGGACAGAGGGAUGUUGUGCUGUGUGUGCACGGUGCCACUUGAGCUACUGUGGGCAAGGACUGAGGAGACGUUGGGAAGAAGGUUAGAACUUGGAUGGAUGCUGUUGGAAAAUGGCCCCAUUGGGUCACUCAGUCACAGGGCUGUGGAAGGAAUUUGAAUGUAAAAUCUCUCCAUGUUCUUUAUUUAUUAUGAUGUUGGUUUUAA